AUGGCCGGUAUACGCUUCGCCACGAACACCAACGAUUUUUUAAUUAAUUUUAAUAAAUUGGAUAAUAAUUACAAAAUUACUAUACAAUUAUCUCCAUUUUCGUUACUGGAUUCCAAUCAAGCAAAACUCGGCAUCUUGGAAAUAAGGAAUGGUGCGAGCGGCAAAUCUCCAGUGAUGUUCAGGGAGUCUAAAUUAGUUGACUUUCUUAUGAAGAAUACAAGCGGUAAUGAAGCGCGGAUUAGAUUUGUUCUCUUCAACACGUCUACUCCAACGAAUGUUCAGGCAAUAAAUAUUGUUGUUACAAUACAAUUUCCCACUUGCAAUGCUGAGUACCACUCUCAAACUGGAAUCAUUCAAACAUCAGACUGGUCAAACUUGAGCCCACUUUUUGAAAGAUGCAAUUUGAUCGUUAAAGUGCAAAAUGGAUAUCACGUCAUCCUUAAUUUUUCUGACGUAUUUUCUUUGAGUUUAUGUAAUUCCACUUACGAUACUUUAACUAUAAGAUCUGGAAAGUUUUUUGAGAGUUAUUGCAGGUCACCUGGUACUAUUAUUCUGCCGGAAAAUGAAGCUCAUAUUUCAUAUACCAUCGGAUCUCCUUCUAGAGGAUUUUUUCUCAAGUUUAGCUCUGGCUGUGGUGCGAAUUUUUCAGCAGAAUCAGGCGUAAUAUACUCUCCCGGAUAUCCGGAAAACUAUAUCAACAAUUUAUCCUGCGUUUAUUACAUAAAUGUUGAAAAAAUAAUUCUGAUCAGAUACAAAAAUGACGAGUUUUUUGUGCCGGAAAGUAGAGUACAAGCGAUCUAUAAUUAUAAUAGAUAUCCCACGAGGACUUCUUUGUAUGGUAGUGGACUGCUGCCUCCACAUUACCAAGAUAUUUACAUGAGAAAUUGGAGGUGGCCUCAACCAUAUCAAGUUACUUACACAAAUACAUGUCCCAAAGAUUAUUUACUUGUACAAGAAUUAUCUGGCGGUCGUUCAGAAAAACUUUGUGGAGUUCAAAAUGAUGAAAACAUGAAUGUGCUGAAAUUCCAAGGACCUUUGAUGUUAAAUUUUGUUUCCGACGCAUCUUUUAAUGAUAAAGGUUUCAAAAUCCAUUACCAGAGCGUCGGUACGUUACAUUUAGCAUUUUCGAUAUUCUACAUGCAUUUGCACAGUUUCAAAUGUACUUUCUUGUAAAUCAUGUGAUUGAGUACCACUUACUUAAGAAUUUAUUGAGAAUGAUAUCUUUUUAUUGAGGACUUAAUUUUUUUAUUUACGCUCUGCAAACGAAAUUCAUACCGUGUUAUAAGUUAAUGUUAUGGCUGACAGCAUCAUUACCUCC